UAAAUGCUGGAGAGGGUGUGGAGAAAAGGGACCCUCCCUACACUGUUGGUGGGAAGGUAAACUGGUGCAGCCAUUAUGGAGAUCAGUAUGGAGUUUCCUUAAAAAGCUAAAAACGGAAUUAGAGUUCUUAAUUGCAAUGACAAGGAACUGACUGGGGAUGACUUAAAUAGAAAUCUAUUUAACAAGAGGAUUUGGGGUAAGUCUCAGAAUUAAUAGCAAGGAUGAAGGACCACACUUGGAAGAGAACAUGGGGAAAUAAAAGGAAGGUGGGGACACAUUGCCAUCAUCAAAAUCACUCCAGAGAACAGCUCAUCGUGGACCCCAAUGUCAUCACUGCUGAAGCCUGGACCGACAGGUCACUUCACCCACUGAACCUGAACCUUAGGAUGCCUCCACCGCACAGCUGCCAGUGCUGUCUCUGGAGACUGUUGUUUAAAAUUCUACCACCUCCUGAGGAGUUGUCCCCAUCUAUGCUUUUUGUCCUCCCCUUGGCUGCCUGUACCCGUUGGAGUUUGGGGUUGCAAUGUAACAGACAGUGUAAUUUACUGGAAGGAUGUGAAGGCAGCUCAAAGAACUGAAGGGAAGGCUGAAGGUCCAGCUGGGAACCAGCAGCAACUCAGGAUCUCAGGACCAUCUUCCUUACUGCACAGGAUGGUAAGUUGAUGCCCAGUAAGACUGAAGAUCCGUUCUGUUCAUAGACACCCCCCCAUCACAGAACUGUGGAUUACCUGUGGGUCCCCGGUGGAUUCACACCUUCACUCCCUCCUGCAGACCCGGAACGGUUACUUUGGGUCUUAACUCUGUGCCCUGCCUGGUGAAAGAUGGCAUCCAGUCUGACUUGCACCGGGGUCAUCUGGGCUUUGCUCUCGUUUCUUUGUGCUGCCACCUCCUGCGUGGGGUUCUUCAUGCCUUACUGGCUCUGGGGAUCUCAGCUGGGCAAGCCCGUGUCCUUCGGCACUUUCCGGAGGUGCUCGUAUCCCGUGCACGAUGAAAGUCGGCAGAUGAUGGUGAUGGUGGAGGAGUGUGGCCGCUACGCCUCCUUCCAGGGCAUCCCCAGCGCAGAAUGGAGGAUUUCUACCAUCGUGACAGGCCUGGGCUGUGGCCUCCUCCUCCUGGUGGCGCUCACCGGCCUCAUGGGGUGCUGUGUGUCGGAGCUCAUCUCCCGGACAGUGGGAAGAGUGGCUGGAGGAAUUCAGUUUCUGGGGGGCUUGUUGAUCGGAGCUGGCUGUGCACUGUACCCCAUGGGCUGGGACAGUGAGGAAGUCCGGCAGACGUGUGGCUACAUUUCUGGCCAGUUUGACCUGGGUAAGUGUGAAAUCGGUUGGGCCUACUACUGCACGGGAGCAGGUGCUGCCACCGCCAUGCUGCUAUGCACAUGGCUGGCUUGCUUCUCAGGCAAGAAGCAGAAACAGUACCCAUACUGAGAUGGAGCCACCAAGAGCAGACAGAGGAGAAGAUGGGCCGAAGGGGCUGGGAGGGACUGAAGCAUCCAGCUGUUCUCAAAAGGUGGAAUAGUGGUUCUAAACCAGACAACACUAAUGAAAUGAAACCCAGUGGAAUUUAAAACAUUAUACCAUGUGGGAGGGUUGUGCAAGAUUUGUGAAAGACAUGUAGAGCAUGGAAUGAUAGAGAAAAAUGGACCAAAGGCUAAAAAUAUUGCAGGGUGUUGGGUGUUUCUAUUCCACGAGUAUUGUUGAUGUAGAACACACACAUACACAAAACAAAUCUAUAUAUGCAAACAAGGUUUGUUUUUUUUUUUAAGGAUGAAGACUCAGAGAAUCAAAAGGGCUAGUAGAAACAGUAUUAGGUUGGGAAGCAGGGUAACGCACAGACGUUCCCAGUAAGUCAUGGCACUUCUGAAAGCACAUGAGCACAUGCAGAUGUACGCAUCCACGCACAUGCCCAUACGCAGACAUUUAAGUUGUUGCACAGUCUGUAUGAGAGGUUUAGCAGUGCAUUACUCCUCUGUUUUCUUUUUAAUACACAUUUAAAAUACCGUAUUAUCACUUUAUAAAGUAUACAUUAAACCUAAUAAAUGGACCAAUAAGCCACUCUAUCAGUAUUUUGUAUACUCUGCAUAAACUCUUAUGCCCUCAACAUGUUUUCAGUGUUUAUGCAGAUCUUUAGAAUUAAGCCUUUGUAUUUCAGUAUUAUUCAAAAAAUAUGCAAUAUUACUCUGAGUAGCUUCUGCUAUGGUAUUCUUACGAAGUAAAGGGGCAACUUUCUGUCCACUGUAGGAGAGAAUUCAGUUGAAGAUGUGAGAGUAAUGAGAGACAUUUUCCAGUCACUAGAUCUUGUUUUCUUUCGUCCAUUAUUGUACUGUGCUGUACCACAUUUAUUCCAAUAUUCAUUUUGUAAAAAAUAAAAACGUGCUAUUUUGUUUGUAUUUGAAAAG